GCGUGAGCCCCAGAGAAAGAGAGCAAACAAUCGCUUAAAAAUAGAACUUGAUUGUACAGUAGCUUUUUUGUGUGCCCCAGCGCCAUUUGGCAGGACGGAGCAAGGGGCGGGGUCUUCCACUGUUAAUGAUGAUUGACAGCGGAGACGGUCCAAUGGGAGGAGCGAGAGCAAAGCCUUUAAUGCUGCCUCAGUGGGAGUGAAGCACCUGUAGCGGCCAUCCAGCAACCACCCAGCCAACAAGCAGCCUCCGAGCAGUCUCAACCCGGCCGACAAGAACCCCACCCCGGCCCGCAGGGACCGUUACACGCCGGUACCUCACUUGGCAAGCACCAGAACCGGAGCCAUGCUUCUACGCGGUCUGAGUAGCUUUAUUUUGCUGUCUGUCGCCGUCAUGGGAACGGCAGGGAUAGAUCUUGACAGCUCCACUGUGACAGCUGAGGGAGGAUCCGCCGAUGACGCAUACGCAACCGCUGGUUCAUUCAGCGACAACACACCUUGGACACCGUCCUCAGCUUCGACAGUUUCUCCACCCACGAAUGCCGUUGCCGACACGACGGCCACCCAGGCUCACGUAGAGACCACCUUCUCUGAGCCAAGCAGCACAGCGACUAAGAGCAGCAAUGACACCACGAGCGGCGCCCCGAUGUCGACAAGCCCAGACGGCAACACGACGACCCGCCCUCCCGACCCGACAGACGGCGGCACUCUAACGGAAACUACAGUCACACACUUCACAACCGCAACUAUGGACGACGAAGGUACCACUUGGAUGCCGACGACCGUGACAACCGGUCAGACUGAGGAUCAAACAACAACCGUCACCAGCACAACGUCAACGGGUCCGACCGAUGACGACACAACUUUAAUGACGAGUCCAGCCAACGACGAUACAAGCUCGAUGACGUCAGCUGCUGUCACUACAUCAACCAUGACGACGGGUCCAACCGAUGUGACAGCCUCGAUGGCAACAGUCGAUUCGACCGUCGACUAUACAAGCUUGGGCCCAACAACAGCCGUCCUGACAGUCAAUGACACGACCUCCAUAACGACGGCUGCAUGGACCGACAACACCGACUCCAUGACGACCGUCAUGGAGGACACUGCAACAACCUGGAUGACAACUUCUGCUCCGUCCAACGACGACACAACAACUGCCGAAAUCCUCAACCCGACUACACCCACAACGGUCCUAACCUCUUCAAACCCUGCGGAGACAUCCACCACAACAGAAAUGAUAACCGUCUCAGCCGGACCUUCUUCACCCGCCGUCACAACAACAGAAGUGACAGGUCAAACGGGAGCAACCAGCCAAGAAGCCACAAGUCAGGUGAUCCUAACCUCACCCACCACUGAAGUUCCGCCUGUCCCCACGCAGGGUCCAGUCAUAGUUUGUCCCGCCAAGCCGUGUCCUCUGGAAAGUGUCUGCCUGAACAGCACCUGCCAGUGUCUCUCCGGAAGCUUCCUGGUGGACGGCAGCUGCACACGCAGUCAGGUGUUUCCUGGACAGCUCCAUCUGCGCUCCUUGGAUUUCACCAACGACAUGUUCAACAGGUCCUCAAAAGCUUUCCAGAACACGGCAGAGAACAUCUCCACAGCGCUCGCCGGGACUUUUGCUGGUCUGCCGGACUACAUACGCUCAGACGUGGUUCAACUCCAACCAGGAAGCGUGAUAGCGACGGUAAACAACAUCUUUGCCAACAUGGCUACCUCUCAGCAGUUGGUUGAGCAGACCCUCGAGGAGGCCAUCGCCGGCAGCUCACAAGGACUGCUGCUCAACGCUGCAUUUAUCAGCACGGACCUGUGUGGGCAGGCGCCAUUUCCCUGUGACGCCGCCACCGCGGCGUGCACCAGCGCCAACGGGUUGGUCAGUUGUUCCUGCAAAGAUGGCUACGUCGCCACCGUCUACUCCAAUACCAGCUGCAAAGCAUGUCCAAGUGGACAGCAGGCAGUGGACAACACCUGUAAGAAAUGUGCCUUUGGCUACGGAGGCUUCAACUGCAGCGACUCAUCCCUGCUGGCAGUGGUGGUGGUCUCCUGCGUCCUAGGAGGGAUUUUACUCAUCCUCACCGUGGCUCUGCUGUCAUACUGCUGCUGGCGGCGGUGUCGAGGCGACCCCAGCAACAGCACGAGUAGUCCAUACCCGGCGGGCGAACUGACCAAGCCGUGGCCCUCUGACAUCACGCCCCUUCCCCGCGCCUCCGCGACCGCCGCCACCACCACCUGGGAUGCGAUGCCGCCCUCCUUGGAGAUGGUGGAGGCGGGCAGCACUCGUGCCUUGGUGGACAGAAAGCGUCACACCAACGGCGUGGGGCUUCAGCUGAAGCAGACAGGAUGGAAGAAGUCGGGUUCAUACGACCUCAACGCGGACACCAUGAAGACCUUCAAAGACAAAAACCCUUCCCGCUACUCGUAUCUGGUCCCAGGCCACGAGAACCCCUACUUCCUGCCGGGAGAUGACAAGAAAAACUGAAGCGGCUCCCCCUUGUGGACGCUUGAAACUUUUUGUUUUCUUCUCCAAUCAAAGAGGACGAUGAUGACGUGACGUGAGGAAGCGCCGCCAAAGAGACGACGACGUGUGACGCUAAACACGACGGUCGCUGGCGUGGUGAAAUCUUUCUGUAGCCUUGACAAUGUUCCAAUUGUGCUUCUUCUCCGCAAUCGUUAGGACUUUUUGUUAGACAAAAUCAUCUCCGUUAAGACAAAAAGGGCUGGUCCCUUCUUCUAGAUUCUUCUAGAAAAGGGAUACGCUUGUUUUGAAUUCCAGCACUUGAUGAAAGCUUUUUGAGGUUUUGGUUGACUAACAAGAGUCGCGUUGCUCACGGAUGUGCCAACUAUCACUCGUCUGUUCUUCACGCUUUGGGCGUCUGAGACGGUGUGCUUUUAUAAAACCUGUACAGGUGGUUUUUGUAAAUAUGAAUAAAUUAAUUUAAACACAAAA